GUUGAGCAAAACAUUCUAGUUUGAGCGUCUUUCAUUCUGUCCACCUGAAUCGAACUUUCUCAUGAACUUUGCAGACGGUUUUGGAAUCUUGUAUAUUUAAAAUGAUACACGCACUUUCAAAGUUUCUUGGCCGCAAAUCAUCAUCAAACGAGAAUCCCAAAAUUAAAGAAAGCCAGUCUAUUUGGCAAAAGGCAACAUCCCUUAGGCAAUCUUUUAGGCUUUCAUCAAAAUCCAAAGUCACUCAAAAAUCUGGCCCAGAACUUUCUAUUCUAUUAUCGGAUGAGAAAUCCUCCUUGUCAACAAUUGAUAUAAGUUCAUUAGAAUGGCGUCGAAGUUUGGCAGUCGAAGAAGUCUCCAAAAGAAGCCUUCUAUCAAGAUCUCUAUGCAUGACUGGUGAUUGGGAUGAUCAGAAAUUAACACCAAAAGAGUCAGACGAUGCUGCCUCAUCUGUGGAGAAAGGAUUAGAUUGGAAUGCUCAAAAAAGACCUCUCAGCUUCAGUCAUCAGGAAGUGUCAUCUCAAAGAACUAAAAGUCAACUUCGUCAUAGUUACAGUCAAAGAGAAGUGUCACAUCAUUCUCGUCAUGAAAAUGAUUCUCUGCCAAGACCUUCGACUGAUUUGAAUAUCAAUCCUUCUGUAGCAAAGUCUACUCCAGUGUUAAAGAAAGAGUGUUGUAGAAGUAAUUCAAACUCAUCUAGUAGUUCGUUACAGUCCUCAGUGCAAGAAUCUGGGAAAAAUAUUAUGGUGACCAGGCAUUUUAAAAAAGGAUCAGUUUAUGAUACUCUCGCUUCUGCUAGUGGCUUAGAUUUUUCUCCAGUAAUUCAACUCAAAAGUUUUAGUUCUCGUCGAGAUGAUACCAACACCCAGGCACAAGCUUCAAAAAGUGUUGAAACACCAAAGGAAAUUAGUGUUACACAUGAUGAUUACACAUCAAAAAUAAAUGACGAUACAAGUUCAAGUGAGAAGCAAGAAUGUGAUACUUCUAAUCAAAAAAGAAAUCAGCCUAUCAAAAAAGAAAUAAGUUCUGCUUGCAUUGCUGCUCAUGAAAAAUUUCCCUCCUGGCCUGUGGUAUCAGAAUUAUCUUCAGUUUCCCAUCGAUCACAUUCCUGGAUUGGACAAACUGAUUAUCCCAAGGAAAAGAUUGUUUACUCUAGACCCAAAAAAGACCACCAAUAUAAAAUAUCAACUAAUCAACUUCAACCUGUUCUAGAACGAGCUUCUGAUAAUCCUGCCAACUCCAAAAAAUCCAGCGAUUGGACGCAUUUAAGAGAUAGUUCUCAAAUUUCUUGUCAUAGUUCCAUCAAAGACUGUAAUGGGAAACAGUUUGACUUUGAAGCUUUUCACACACCCUGCAUUCCUAAAUGUUAUGAAGGCAAAGACUGCGCUCCACCGUCCCCUCCAGAGCGAGAUGGCUCAUCAAAUUCUGCCCAUAUUUCCAAAAGUAGUGGAAUUCAACAUAGACAUGAAAGCUUGUUUGAGCAUGAUGUCUCUUGGAAUAAUCCUCAAUCUAAUACACCAUUUUUAGACAGGUUAAGAAUGGAAAAUGUUUGGCCUCCGCCACCCCCAGUUCAAAUUCACCAAGCAGCAGCAGCACCACCACCACCUCUUCUACAACAAGGAAAUGAUUCUGAGCUAUCCAGUGAGAACGGUACGUGGAUGGGUAGUAUGGAAAGUAGUAGUCAUGGAAGAGGUAUUAAUAAAUGGCAAGGCUCUUAUAGUGAUUUGAGUACCUUAAGUACCCAGUUGUCCAAUCGCAGCUCUCUAUUUGACAGUGGUCACUCUACUAUGCCUGAGAGUGGCCGUCUGUCACCACAAUCUUCCUGUGAUAGUUUGUUAUUGGAGGGUCCAACUCGUGCUCAAGUUGUAGCUAGACAUGGUCAUCGUGAAAUAGUUGCUCAUAGUGCUAGAGUUCAACAACCUGAAAGACACGGCUCUGAGAGUGUUCUCUACUAUGCAAAAUCUUGCAGGCCCAUUGAUUCUGUUAACAAGAAUCUUGAAAACCCUAAGAACUCUACGACUGAUGAUGCAAUGUUUCGAAGUCACGCUUCUCUAACUUUAAAUGCUGUGCACAAUAAUAAUGACAUAGAAAACAAAACUUGUAAACGUCCUGCUAGACAAGAUUCUAAAACCAGUCAUAAUUCCUCAACAGAGUCUCGAUGUUUGAAUGAUUCUGGAUUAUUAGAUGCUGGUAAAGCUGCAAACCUGUUAAAUUACAAAAAUUUAGAAAAAUAUUCAUCAGGAAAUGUUCAUAGUGGAUCAUUUACUAAAUAUAAGCCACCAAAAUCUAAAAGUAUAGAUGAGAGCUCACGGAAACCUACAAUUCCUGAAAGGAGACAACGGGCUUCUGAUCCAGAAUUAAAAGCCUUUCAAAAACAAGCUGUUCUUUCAUUUUAUCAAAGAAUGUCUUUAGCUGAAUCAACAAAAUCUGAAUCUCUUGCUAAGCUUAGAGUACCUAAAUUAUCUUUACCUUCUAACAAUAAAACACCCAAUAACCCAUAUGUUCAAGAGAAGCCCUCAGAUAGUGGUUUAUUGAACAAUUAUAGCAAAUCAGUUCCCAAUUUAAUGAUACUUAAAGGUCAAAAUUUUGAUUUGCCUCCUAGUCAUCCUUUUUUUAAACAAGCAAGUGAUCAGAAAAAAAUGUUUCCUAUGGUAAAAGAUGAAAUCAUAUCAUGGAAUCAACUUCCAAAUGUUUUUGAGAAAAAGACAGAUUCUAUGGUUGCCUCUUUGAGUGAUCCACCUGAAGAUUUUGGGGGUUGUAGCAGUUUUUUGAAAGCACCACGCAAAGUUCAACUAAAAGAAGUGCAUCAUUCCAAUGAAACUGCUUCUAUCCAAGUGGUAUCGUCUGAAGGAGUAACAUUAGUUCAAACUUGUGAAAAGAAGAGACGCCCACCUCCACCUCCUCCACCAAAGCAGCCUCCCAAAAGGCCCCCUCCACCACCUCCUCCUCUCGCUGAAGUCAGCUCACCACCAUUGUCACCCCACAACAUUCAAUCCACACUUUCUGAGGAUAUAGAACACCCUACUACUCCUGAACUACCACCACCUCCUCCUUUAACUGAAGAAAAUGAAGUCAUGAAUUGCGAUGAGCCACUACCUCCCCCUCCAGAUCUAAGUGAUAUAGAAAUGUCUUCUAAAUUAGCAAAUAAUUCUAUGAUAUACCCCAAAAAUUCAUACAUGUCAUACAGAAGUGAAAAAAAGCUUUCUAGGCAAGGAUUUGAUGGAAACUAUCGACGUUCAUUUCAGUCUUCAUCUGUUGAUUUAUCUGCUGUUGAUGAUGAAAAACAGUCUCUGUCUAGUUGGGAACAAGAAUAUUCAAAUUGUCUGCAGAAAGACAAUGCAAGUAUCAACUAUCAAAAUACAAGAAGGCAAGAUCACAUAUCAAGUGACGACAGUAUUAUUCAAUCAGUUACUCAAGACUCUUUGCAUCGAGCAGUGCCAUAUUGUGCUCCUAGUCAAGAAAAUCUGAACACUUCAUCUGAUUUUUACCAAAACUUGCAUAGCUCAAUUGGCUUAUCAUCUAAUUUUUCUAAUGACUUAAUAAGUAAAUCAAUUUUGACUGAUGCCUCAUCUAAUACUUUAACCGAUAGUAACUCUCAAAAUAUUGAAAGUAAUUCCAUAGUUGAUUACAAUCAAAAUUCCUUACUUAGUAAUGAUAUAGAAGAAAAUGAUUUUAAAGCUUCAAAUGAUGUUAUAAAUCACAUAAGCAGUAGCCAAAUUUAUGAAUUUCCCAUAUUACAUCAGAAACUGGUUAAGACACAAGAGAAACUAAAUUGUGAACAAAUUGCCAGAGAUAUUUUUCAUCAGUAUGGCGAUAUUACAUUCAAAUCUUUAUUCAUUCCAGCUCCAAAUCACAAAACAUUGCCAGACUAUAUGGAAAGUGUGUUAAAUUUAUUACUUGAAAAAAAGAAUAAGCCUAAUGAUCUGAGUUCACCAAUGUCUGUAAACAAUCAAAGGGAAGAAAAUAUACUGAAAGAUACACAUAUUUCUGAAGAAAUGGGAAUCAAAAAUGAUGUUCCAAAAGAAGAGUUGAUAAUUAGCAUCAAAAAGAAACUUGAUAUUCUGAGAGAAGAACAGAAUACUAUUCGACUGCAAUUACUUAAAAAUAAUCAAAUUGGAUUAGAAAUAUCUGAUCGUCUAAAAGAAUUGGCUAAAUCUCAUGAAUCAGAAAAGUAUUUCCUCCAUAUUGAAGAACUUGAAAAAAUAGUCAAUUUAUUGUUGUCCAUUUCUGGACGAUUAAUGAAAGCUGAAAAUGUUUUGAAGAAUUUCUCAAAUGAAUGCAGUGAAGAUGAAAAGAAAACUUUUGAAUCCAAAAGAAAUAAACUGAAAGAACAGUAUGAAGAUGCUUGUAGGCUGAAAGAAAGUAUUGACAAAAGAAGUAAACAAGUUUCCAUAUUCCUUCUCAAAUACUUUACAGAUGAAGAAUAUGCAAAAUAUGAAAAUUUUAUAAAAAUGAAAACAAAAUUUCUGAUUGACAUUCGAGAAAUCGAUGAAAAAAUCAAUUUAGGAGAAGAACAAUUGGCUGCACUCAGUGUUGUGUCUCAUGUUUGGAAAAGUGCCAACUAUUAAGCAUCGUUUACAUGCAUGUUUUUUUUUAAAAGAAUUGUAACUAAAAAUAAUUUGGCAAUUCUUAUUGCUUAGUGAUCUAUUCUUAUUAGAUAAGCCAAGUGAUAAGAAAUUGUCUUAUUAUCCAUGAUGCUUUUAUAAUCUGAAAGUAGUAUUUUCCAAAUUCCAAUUGUUUUAAUUCAAACUGGUAUUGUUAGAUUUGAAAUUCUACAGAAAUAUUUUUACAAGUAUUAUGUGUGAUAUUUGUGAAGUGUGCCAUUUGUUGACAAGAGCUAUGUUUAGCUUGGCAGUGCCAUUACAGUUAAAAUGCUUGUAAAUAGGAAAAAAAUGAUAUAUUUGUGAAAAGAAAUUACAAUUGCUUGCAAGAUGCUGAACGUUAUACUUUGUCAAUCCAAGUGAUUUUGUUUGUGUAUUGUACAAUAUAAAUUUUAUAAUGCGUUUUUCAUUUUAUGCUGUAAUUUAGUAUAUGUUUGCAAUGGCUCUAUUUAUUAUAUUUUAUGCUUUAUGUUAGUGAAACUCUUUCCCCCCAAUAAAUUAAGGAUUUACUCUUAUAUUUAUGUCAUAGCUUUUGACUUAUUUUCUCUUUUUUUAUUGAUAAUUUAGUAAAGAGUUGUGCUAAGCCUGUGACUUGUGAGCAAAAGCUUUUUAUCUAUUUAUAUUAAUUUGAUGUAAAAACAUUAGAAUGUUGUUGAAAAUUGUUCAUCAAGAUAAAUUGUAUAUUUAAAAAGAAAACAUACUGUAGUACUCUAUUCUUGUAAGAAUGACUAUUUUAUUUGUUCAUUAAAAAAUAUUUUACCUUUGUUAUUACCAUACUAGGGCUGUUAAAAGCAAUAAAUGUACACUUUUAUCGUUUA